AUUGGAAUGCCUGGAAUGGGUAGGCUAUGCGCAUGCGCACAUGUACGCUACGUCAGCCGUUUAUGUUAGCUAGUGUGUAAAAUCUACGUGGCUUUAUUCUGAAAUCCCUAAAGUGUUGUUACACCGCGUCAACAUCCACAUUUACUAACAGCCCCGAAGACAACAUGGAUCAGGUCAUGCAGUUUGUCGAGCCUGGACGUCAGUUCGUCAAGGACUCCAUCAGGCUUGUAAAACGAUGCACAAAACCAGACAGAAAAGAAUUUCAGAAAAUUGCAAUGGCCACAGCGAUUGGCUUCGCAAUCAUGGGCUUUAUCGGAUUCUUUGUGAAACUCAUCCACAUCCCCAUCAACAACAUCAUUGUUGGUGGUUGAAUCAGCAACGUCUUAAACCUCUUUGGACACCGGAGGCAUGGAACAGAGCUGGAUGAUGGACUGGUUGUGAAUUUGCCCCCACCCCUUUUUUGCUUUUGCUUUGUACAAUUUCUUUUUUUUUUUUUUUAGAUUUUAAUAAAUCAAAGGGAAUCAAAAGUUAA